AUGGAUAAGAUUUCCCUUCCCAAAGAGAAGUUGUGGCUUCCAGAUAUUGUCAUCAAUGAGUUCAUGGAGGAAAACAAAGCACCGUCUGUUCCAUUCAUUUACCUGUACAGCAACGGUACUGUGCAUGAUGCUCUUCCUCUCAGAGUUGUGAGUUCCUGUAACCUCAACAUCUACACCUUCCCCUUCGACAUACAGAACUGCUCCAUGACUUUCAACUCUUACAUCUACUAUGCUAUGGAGAUAAAGAUUAUUCUUGGGCGAGACCCAGAAAUAAUAACUGCAUCCUCUAAGAUGGUGAUGACCACCAUGGGUGAAUGGGAGCUGCUAGAUAUCACCGCCCAGAAACUAUCUAAUAAAGAUGAGACAGGUCUUUACACUGACAUGCUUGCAUUUUAUAUCCGAGUGCGGCGCCGCGCCACCAUGUACGUGGUGACCCUGCUGCUUCCCAGCUGCUUCCUCAUUACGUUGGACCUCUUCAGCUUCCUGCUUCCUCCACAGAGCACAGACAGAUCCUCCUUCAAGAUGACCCUCAUUCUCGGCUACUCGGUGUUCCUGCUCAUCAUGAACGACCUGCUGCCUAUCACCGGAAACACCAUACCUCUAAUAAGUCAGUAUGGGCUUCAGAGAAUUGUUGUGCUGUGCAUCAGAGAUAUCCCCAAGGCUGAUGUGUUCUUCUCUCUUUGCCUGGUUCUGAUGGUGACCAGUCUGUUGGAAACCAUCUUCAUCACCAAUUUACUGAGCAACUCAUCUGACUUCUCUCCCAUCCCUCAAUGGAUGCGGAUGCUAUUUCUGAAUUGUCUCGGUUGUCUUGUUUGCAUCCCACAAAGGAGUAAGAGGCCAAAGAGUUCAGAGCCAGAAACAACAAAUAAAUAUGAUGUAAAGCCUCCCAAAAUGGGAGGUCCAGCAGAGGAGGACAAGGCCCUGCAGGAGCUUAAGAGUCUGAGCAACAUCCUGCACACCAUCCGCUUUGAGGUGGAGCAGCAGCAGAAAGGGAACCAGAGCUCAGAGGAGUGGAUCCAGGUGUCCCACAUCAUUUGCAGAGGGACGUUUCCAAAUCACGCUUACGUCACAGUGGUGUUGUGUAUAUCUGGGCAAUCAGAGGCUAAAUGUAGCCCUUCGAGAGUUAGUAAACAAGAAGGAAUGAAAAGUCUGACCACUGCUAAAAUUGAACAGAUUUACUGCCAGUAUCAUGACAUCCAAAGAAACUGCGCCAAAGUGGCUCCUUCCAUCAGUCAUGCCCACUGUGGUAAUUAUCAUUACCCUUCUGCCAGCACAGCUGAGGUGAACUGCUCCCAGCCAGACCAGCCAAGUCUUCUGGCAGCUCUGUCUCCGGCCUUCGACCUAAGGGCCAUACGGCCCGUAGAAGAUCAACAGACCUACACCAACAUCAGCGUGUACUUCACUCUUUAUGGGAUCUUAGGAGUGGAUGAAAAGUCCCAGCUCCUCGUCACUUACAUUUGGCUCUACUAUUGGUGGAGGAACGAGUUUAUCAGCUGGGAUCCAGAGCAGUGUGGCAUCCACAGUAUUUCUCUCCCCAAAGAGAAGUUUUGGGUUCCAGAUAUUGUAAUCAAUGAGUUUAUGGAGGAAAACAAAGCACCAUCAGUCCCAUAUGUGUACCUGUUUAAUGAUGGUACGGUGAAGGAUGCGUUCCCCGUCAGAGUCGUGAGCUCCUGUAACCUCAAUAUCUACACCUUCCCCUUCGACAUACAGAACUGCUCCCUGACUUUCAACUCCUACAUCUACUAUGCUUUUGAGAUCAGGAUUUUCCUCGGGCGAGACACAGAAAUAACCACGGAGCUCUCUAAGAAGCUGAUGACCACCAUGGGUGAAUGGGAGCUGCUGGAUAUCACCGCCAAGAAAAGAGUGAAUAAUGAUGAGUCGGGUCUUUACAUUGACAUGCUUGCAUUUUAUAUCCGAGUGCGGCGCCGCUCCACCAUGUACGUGGUAAAUCUCCUGCUUCCCAGCUGCUUCCUCAUUACGCUGGAUCUCUUCAGCUUCCUCCUGCCUCCUAAGAGUACAGACAGAUCCGCCUUCAAGAUGACCCUCAUUCUCGGCUACUCUGUGUUCCUGCUCAUGAUGAAUGACCUGCUCCCUGUCACUGGAAACACCAUACCUCUAAUAAAUGUGUUCUUCUCUCUCUGCCUGGCUCUGAUGGUCGCCAGUCUGCUGGAGACCAUCCUCAUCACCAACCUGUUCAGCAACUCGUCUGACUUCUCUCCUGUCCCUCGAUGGAUUCGGGUGCUCAUUUUGAAUUUCCUCGGCUGUCUCGUUUGCAUGCCGCGAAAGACUGAGAAACCAAACGAUUCAGAACAGAGGAAGAACGCUGUGGUGACAGGAUUUGAAUCUGAUGAGGGUUCUCCAGGAACGGGACAAUCAGCUGAGGAGGACAAGGCCCUCCAUGAGCUGAGGAGCCUGAGCCACAUCCUGCAGGCCAUCCGCUCUGAGGUGGAGCAGCAGCAGAAAGGGAACCAGAGCUCAGAGGAGUGGAUCCAGUGCUGCCAACUGAAAGUCAAGCCUUCUAAGCCGCUAUUCAUCCUCAUCUCUCUGCUGACGCUGGCCCCAUUCAGCUCCGCCAUUGUGAACUGCUCUCAACCAAGUCCAGCUUCACUGCUGAGAUCCCUUAAGCCAGUGUUUGAACUGAACUCUAUUCGACCUGUAAUAAAUAUGUCCGUCCCAACCCAAGUUAGAAUUUCCUUCACCCUCUUUGGCAUUUUAGGAGUGGAUGAGAAGGCCCAAGUCCUGACAACUUUCAUAUGGGAAUCUUUAGCAUGGAAGAAUGAUUUUACAUUGUGGAACCCAGAGGAGUGCGGUGUUGAAUGGAUGGCAGUUGCACGAGACCUGCUCUGGGUGCCAGAUAUUGUCAUCAACGAGUUCAUGGAGAAGAACACAGCUCCAGACGUCCCAUACACCUACCUUCGUUAUGAUGGUUUUGUAUAUGAUGCAAAGCCAGUCAGAGUCGUGAGCUCCUGUAGUCUCAACAUUUACUUGUUUCCAUUUGAUGUUCAAAACUGCACUUACACCUUCAAUUCCUAUUUACAUAGUAGCAGUGCUAUACAACUUGAACUUCUAGGAACAUCAGAGGAAAUACUUCAGUUAUCCAAAGAUGAAAUGGCAACAAUGGGUGAAUGGCAGCUACUUGACAUCACAUCUAGGAAAGUAGUAAUACCAACUAUAGAGGGGUCCAGUUACGACGAGCUCCGCUUCUUUAUUUCUGUCCGACGCCACUCUACCAUGUAUGUCGUGAACCUCCUGAUUCCCAGCUGCUUCCUUAUCACUGUGGAUCUCUUCAGCUUCAUAUUGCCCAUCCAAAACGUUGACCGGUCCUCGUUCAAAAUGACCCUCGUCCUGGGCUACACUGUCUUCCUGCUCAGCACUAAUGACUUGCUUCCCAUCACUGGAAACACCAUACCUCUCAUCAAUUUUUUCCUGUCUCUUUGCCUGACUAUGAUGGUGACCAGUCUGCUGGAGACAUUCUUCAUCACCAAUCUUCUGCAGGGCUCCGCUCACUAUAAUCCACCUCCUCGUUGGAUCAGGAUGUUUGUUCUUCACAUCUUGGGUCGACUUGUGUUGCUUCCACCAAAGCCUGAACAUCAAGAAGACCUGGUGAUCAAGAAUCCUGAUGUACAAGAAAUGGUGGAUGGCUCUCCACUAUCCAAAGAGAAUGAAACAACAGAGAGAAAGGGAACUCUAAAGGAGGAUGAGACCUUGCAGGUUCUAAAGAACCUGGGCAGGGAUCUCCGGGCCAUCCACCAUCAUGUUGUUCUACACCUGAAGACAAGCCCCAGCUCAGAGGAGUGGAUCCGGAUUGGCCUCAUCAUCGACCGCCUGCUGUUCAUCCUUUACAUUCUCUUUAUACUAGUCAGCUUCAUUUCUAUCAUUUUUAUCUGGGUCACUUCAUAUUACUCAGUGUUCGACGGUGGUACAGACAUAGUCCAAUUGUUCCCAUGCCAUGGUAAACUGGUUUGUAAAGAAGGCCAAAGUGGUCCGACUUACGAGUCCAUGCAGGCCGUGUUUGACCUGCAACCUUUCAGGCCUGCUGUAAACCUCAGCAACCCCACCAUUGCCAACAUCUCCUUCACCCUGUACGCUGUCCUCGGAGUGAAUGAGAAAGCUCAGAUACUUACUACAUUUCUGUGGCUCAGACUGUUCUGGCACAAUGAGUACUUGGUUUGGGAGCCUGAGGAGUGUGAUGGUGUCACCAGGAUUUCUCUCCCUGUAAAGGAACUGUGGUCUCCAGACAUCAUUGUUUAUGAGUUUGUGGACGAUGACGUCUCCCAGGCAUGUCCCUACGUCUACGUCAACCACACGGGCCACAUCCGCUGGGACAGGAUGCUGCGGCUCGUCUCAGCCUGCAACCUGGAGAUCUUCAGAUUUCCUUUUGAUGUGCAGAACUGCACAUUUACAUUUGGCUCUUACAUGCAUACAGUACGUGAUGUGAGAGUCAGUCCAGCCCUGACUUUUAGCGAGAUGUCAGAAAACUCAAAGCAAUACCUGGAAGCCAGUGGAGAGUGGGAGCUGGUGGAUAUAUUGGGGGAGACGUCCAUUCUUCAGUUUGGGGUUGACGAGUGGGACAUCAUCAAAUUUUGGGUGGUCAUUAGGCGGCGUCCAGUGCUCUACGUGGUCAACCUCCUGAUCCCGAGCUCCUUCCUCAUGCUCAUCGACAUCCUGUCCUUCUACCUGCCCCCCCACAGCGUGGACCGAGCCUCCUUCAAAAUGACCCUGAUCCUGGGUUACACCGUUUUCCUGCUCAUCAUGAAUGACCUGCUGCCCAGCACAGCUAAUGGAACUCCUAUCAUAGGUAUAUAUUUCUCCGUGUGUCUGGCUCUCAUGGUCAUCAGUCUUCUGGAGACGGUCAUCAUUACCAAUGUACUCCAUCACAGCUCCAUGAAAUAUCAGGAGGUUCCAAAUUGGGUUAGGAUUGUUGUCCUUAAACACACCGCCAACCUGAUCUGCUACCGCUGGCCCGAAGAUGUUCGUCCCACUCAUAAAACACAGGAAGAUAAACCUGAGAGUCCAAACAGCAACACAGAAGCGUGGGUCAUCCAGCCAGUCAACCAAGCAGCCGACGGGCACCCAACCCAAAAUGGAGUUUCUCUCCCUGAGCUGCAGCUGAUCUGUCAGUACUUGAGGGAUCUCCGUGCUCAUCUUCUGUCUGUGCAGAAGGAGAACGAGCUGCUGGACCAAUGGUGUCACGUGGGAUACGUCCUCGACUUCCUGCUCUUCCGCAUCUAUCUGCUUCUGAUCAGCUGUUACGCCAUGGUCAUCAUCACUAUGUGGUGCAUCUGGAUCAGCCAGUCUUAACUGGGCUUAGUUUAUAUGUGAAAAAUAAUUGACAUCUGGUUUAAGCUCUUUUUCUGUCCACUUUGCUUGCAAAAGAACAGCCAAAAUUUUUCUUUAUUAAAGGUCUUUUGGUUUCGUAAGAAUAUAUCCAGUACAUUAAUACCUGGCAAUUUAAAGUCAUAAUGAGUAAGAUACAGCAAUUACUGAAAAUAAUUUUUGGAAUAACAGAAAAUUAUUACCAUGAAACUGGUUUGGUGCCCCUGUUAUCAACUGUUAAGUUUUUUGUCAGAAAAUCGUAUCUGCAGGAAACCUGUUGCCCCCUUUUUCUCUUUAUUUAUGAGUACCCAUGUUUCUAUAUAUACAGGGGUUGGACAAUGAAACUGAAACACCUGGUUUUAGACCACAAUAAUUUAUUAGUAUG